UGUGGCACCUAGCCGUUGCUCGUUGUCGUGGACGUGCAGGUAAUUAUUUCACGGGUUACCAAGCAACAAUGUCUUCAGUUGAAUGUUUGAGAGAGUUUGUCAACCAGCGACUAUCUGCUGCUGCUGAAGAAAUAUUCGGAGUUUUUAAAAGAACUGUCGUCGAGUAUCAGGAAGAGAUCGAGCGGCAGCGCGGAAUGUUGGAUGUUAUUUGGAAACCCGAAGUGAGGUUACACAGGAUAGGUGAGUACAACUUUGUGAGGAACAUCCGUGAUCUAAAGAAACAACAACGAUACAUUAUUUAAGAUUUUCCAAUAAAUGUGUUCUUUAACGGUACAUAUAUUAAGGGUAGAUUGAAUCUAUAAUUCUGAUUUGCUGAGAGUGAGUCACGGGGUGUUCUUUAUUGAUCGUUAAUGUACUGGAACUCUUUACAUUGACCUAAGCGUUCCAUAUCAGUGCGCAUUUAAAAGUAAUAGUUAUUAGAUUUUACGUGACCGGUGGUUGGCGUUUCAGUUUUUAGCUUUGUGAUGAGCGCUGAAAAUAGGGCACCUCUUUGCUAAAGAGGACAUUUAGGAGCACGUCAUGAGCGAUGUGAAUGAAUGAGAUGGUGCGACAUCGAGCAAGGAGACCUGGGAUGUUUUCAGACCAAUCACGAAUAAAUGUCGAUCUUCUAGCUAAUCGCCAACACACUGCAAACACACGCGAUGUUGCUGUCAGCCACACGUACAGGAACUAUUUUCUCUAGGCUACUGAAACGCGACACGUCGUAUUACACAAAGGUACUCAAGACUUUAGUUAUUGUGAUUAAUGUUACAGUUCAGCUGUUUACCUAACAACACCCUUGAACUGUAACAUUAUUGAUGAUGAAGUUCACCCUUGAGUACUGCAUUGCUUAAUAAUAGAACAGUAGGACACAUGAUGUUUUUUGUAUUUAUUUUAUUCUUUGUCCCUCCAGAGCUCCCACAGUCACGUGUCUGUAAGCAGGAGGAGGUUCUCUCUGACCAGCAGCUGUGUCUCCAGGAGAGGAACCCCAGUGUGGACCAAGAGGACCCAGAUCCUCCACAGAUUAAAGAGGAACAGGAGGAACUCUGCAGCAGUCAGGAGGGAGAGCAGCUUGAACCGAAGCAGGAGGCCGACACCUUUACGUUGACUCCGACUUGUGAGGAAACUGAUCACAGUGAUGAUCAACUUCUGGAUUGGUCUACUCACCAAACUCCAAGUGUGUUGCAGAAUACAUCUAGAAGCUACAUUUCAGUUAAAAGGGCAGCUGUAGUUGAACCAAACAAUGACCACGAGCUUCUCUCCCACAACUCCCAUGAAUCUGAUAGCCAAGGUCAGGAAGGAGCAAAACUUAGUUUAACAUCAAACAAGGAGCCAGCUCCUUCAGGUGAGAAGCCAUUUUUGUGCAAAAAAUGUGGGAAGUAUUUUCAACAUAAUAGAAGUUUGUUGACCCACAUGAGGAUAGUCCACAGUGUGGAUCAACCAUAUGUGUGUAACACCUGUGGGAAAAGAUUCAUUCAUGAAUCAGUAUUCCAGAUGCAUAAAAGAGUCCACCGUGAUAAGAAACCAUUUUCUUGCAAAACAUGUGGAAAAGAUUUUAAAUUUAGUAGUGGCUUAAAAGUACACAUGCAAUUCCACAGUGGGGAAAGGCCGCAUUCUUGUGUCACGUGUGGAAAGACAUUCAUUCUGAAAUCACAUUUGAAGUUUCAUACAAGAAUUCAUAGUGGGGUAAGGCCGUAUUCUUGCAUCACCUGUGGGAAAACAUUCACUCAGACAUCACAUUUGAAGUCUCAUAUAAGAAUUCAUAGUGGGGAGAAGCCAUAUUCUUGCAUCACCUGUGGGAAAACAUUCACUCAUGCAUCAAGUUUGAAGAAACACACCAGAAUCCAUACUGGGGAGAAGCCUUAUUCUUGCAUCACCUGUGGGAAAACAUUCCUUCGGCCAGAAUAUUUGAAGUCUCACAUAAGAGUCCAUAGUGGGGAGAAACCAUAUUCCUGCAUCACCUGUGGGAAAACAUUCACUUGGCCAGAAAGUUUGAAGUCUCACACAACAAUCCAUACUGGGGAGAAGCCACAUUCUUGCAUCACUUGUGGCAAAACAUUCACUAAUGCAUCACAUUUGAAGUCUCACACAAGAAUCCAUACUGGGGAGAAGCCAUAUUCCUGCAUCACCUGUGGCAAAACAUUCGCUCGGCCAGAACAUUUGAAGUCUCACACAAGAAUCCAUACUGGGGAGAAACCAUAUUCCUGCGUCACCUGUGGCAAAACAUUCGCUCAGACAGACCAUUUGAAGUCUCACACAAGAAUUCAUACUGGGGAGAAACCAUAUUCCUGCGUCACCUGUGGCAAAAGAUUCACUCAGAUAGGAAAUUUGAAGUCUCACACAAGAAUUCAUACUGGGGAGAAGCCUUAAUCCUGUAUAAUAUGUUAAAGAUGUUUCAGAAGUUCUGGUAUCUUAAUUGUCCAUGUGAGAAAAAUCCACAAGCAUGAAACGUCGUAGAUGCAACUCCAGUGAUGAAAUAUUCUUAGUAACUGUUAAGCUUAGAAAGGCGUUGAAGCAAAAAGUAUUUUCAGUCAUUUCUUCCUCCAACAGGCAUAACCGAACAUAAUUGCAGUCUGUCCAUCCCGGGAGAGGGAUCCCUCCUCUAAUGUUCUCCAAAAAGUCUCUUCCCUUUUUUCCCCAUUGAAGGGUUUUUUCAUUUUUUGGGGAGUUUUUCCUGAGCCGAUGUGUUGCAUGUGUACAGACUGUAAAGCCCUUUCAGGCAAAUUUGUGAUUUUGGGCUAUACAAAAUAAAAUGAAUUGAAUUGAAUAACCAUCGCGCCAAAACCCGACUGGAUGCGCGUUCACUCAUUAAAUGAAUAGUUGUAGUUAAAUAAUUUCCCAAUAAAACAAGAUUGCAGUAUCUUAUUUAGACAGUACUGAUAAUCAAAUAUUUUAGUGCUCAUUUAGGGAGUCACUGUCUUAUCCUGGUUGAGGAGUGCAAGGUCAGAGGGCAAAACAGAAAUUUUCAACCAGGCAGAAACAGAUCUUUUCAACACUUGUGCUUUGUUUGUUAUGUUCACAUUAUUGAGACACAUUGCAUGUGAUUGAAUCUCGUGUUGUUUUAGGCCAAUAGAAAUCUUUUCUUCUAUAUCCAACAACAAGUUCAAAACGUAAUGUUCUUCCUGAUGUCAUUCAGUGGUUUUUCCAGCCUGUGGGCCGACAGAACUGCUCCUGCCUUUGCAGACGCAGCGCUGAUACUUGUGAUCUGACAAAUAAAUCUACCAAAACGAGAGAAGUUGUUUGACUGAAUUCUUCCAGAUCUCACCAACCGGGCUUCCAAUUUUGUUCACUUCUUUUAGUGUUCAUUCAGCCACACAAUAGAGUAUUGUUGUAUUUUCCUGUUUUUCUUCUUUUAUGUAACUUGCUGUUUACGAAAUGUUUUUGUGGAAUUUUCUGUCAUCCACUUAAAUCUUUGAAAAGUCUUCGUGAACAUAUCCUGCAAACGUUUAACCGGUUUGAUGUGUGUUAUAAAGCCAGAAAUCUGGGGGUUAUUAUGGAUUCAGAUUUACACUUAGAGAGUAACAUCAAAUCAGUAACAAAAUCGGCUUACUGUCACCUAAAAAAUGUAGCACGACUUAGAGGGCUCAUGUCAGCUCAAGACUUAGAAACACUUGUACAUGCCUUUGUAACUAGUAGGCUAGACUAUUGUUAUGGUCUCCUUGCAGGUCUUCCAAAAAAAACUGUCAGGCAGCUCCAGCUUGUUCAGAACGCUGCUGCUAGAGUGCUAACAAAGACCAAGAAAUGUGAGCACAUUACACCAAUUCUUAAAUCCUUACAUUGGCUCCCAGUAUGUAAGAGAAUUAUUUUCAAAAUCCUACUGCUCACAUAUAAAUCACUACAUGGUUUAGGGCCAAAGUAUAUCACUGAUAUGCUUCCACUACAUAAGCCUUUACGAUCACUAAGAUCUUCUGACACCAAUCUGUUAGUGAUUUCCAGAGUAAAUACAAAUCAUGGGAAAACAUCAUUUAGUUACUAUGCAACAAACAGCUGGAAUAAACUUCCUGAAGAUUUAAGACUCGCCCCAACUCUGACCACGUUUAAAACAAGACUGAAAACUUUUAUGUUCACCUUCGCCUUCUGCUAAAUUUGACCCACAUUGCCCUUUUAACCCUUAAUUAAACAAUUUUAAUAAGAUUUUAAUCUCUCACUCUGCACUGCAACUUUUAAUUAUUUUUAUAUUUACAAUUUUAUUUGCUGUUUCUUAAUUGUCUUUUAAUUCUUGCAUUUUAUUUGACUUUAUUGUAUGACACGUUAUGAUGUGAAGCACUUUGAGUCUGCCUCGUGUAUGAAAAGUGCU